AUUGAAUGAAAAUUCAGACAAAAUUUGUAAACAUUUUUUACGAUCGAAAACUAAGGCAACAUUAAUUUUGGAUUAACUCGCAACAUUUGCAAUUGGAUUAUAAGCAUUUGUCGUGUUCGGAGUGCGCGUCCUGAAUUUCAACUGGCAACCAAAAUAAACAAAUCAUAAAUAAAAGAAAUACGGAUAUACAGUUAUAUAAAAUAAAAUACAUCAAUAGUAAAUCACAAUUAAUGAAAUAAAUAWAUAAAACAAAUUACAUGCGCAGGCAGCGGACGUCGUUCACGCUUUACAAACGCAACAAACAAUUGCAAAAUUCCCUUUGGCUAAGAAUUGGUUGCGGCCAAAAUUGCUUUAUGCACAAACGGCUGAGCAACAAUUCGACGAAAUUCCAUUUUGGCAACAUUGAAAACAAAACGACUACAUUUAAAACAAUAACAACAAGAAAAACAAUUAUUAAUUUGGAGUAUAUUAAAGAAAGAAACGUCCGCAACUUGUGGACAGCGGCGAAAGCUUCCAUUGGCCUUGGCUUGAUCCAUCCAGCGAAUCUACGACUAGAACUGGAGCAACUGGAACAAGUACAACAACAACAUGGAUCCACAACAACAAUUUUGCCUUAAAUGGAACAGUUACUCGUCCAACUUGGCAAUCACAUUCUCCAAUCUAUUCAAAUCGGAUCUAUUGGCGGAUGUCACGUUAUCCUGCGAUGGCGCUGUAUUUAGAGCACACAAAUUAAUCCUGGCCGCCUGCUCGAAAAAGUUCGCCGAUCUGUUCGAGAACACGCCCACAAAUGGCCAAUGCGUCAUCAUAUUGGAGGCGACCACGCCGGAUAACAUGGCCGCGCUGCUGGAGUUUAUGUACAAAGGCGAGGUGCACGUCUCGCAGGAGGCGCUCAACAGUUUUCUCAAAUCCGCCGAGAGUCUACAGGUCAAGGGUCUGUCCACAGAGACGGGCCGUUUGGCCGCGCAGCAGGCGCAGCAGCAGCAACACAUGGGCGACAGCUCGCCCCUGGACUCGCCCACUGGACGGCGCAGCAUGCGAAACAGUUUGAGCGGCAGCAGCGGAGGAGGCGGAGCAGGAGCCGGCGCUGGCGGCGGCGGCGGCAAUGGUGGAGGUGGCAAUGGAGGAGGCGGUGGUGUUGGCCCAGGUGUCAUCGGAGGUGGAGGUGGUUCCAAUGGCAACGGCCUCAGCCUGGCGGGCGCUUUGAGCGGCAUGGCAGCCGCCGGUGGCAUGGCUGCUGCGGCGAGCGCCGCGGCCAGCGGGCUGAGCGCCUUGGCGGCCAGUGCGGGCGCCUUGGCCGAUCGCUGCGGCAGUGCCGGCGGCAACAUCAUAAGCGGACCUCUCAGCGCAGGCGCCGGACCCGGAUCGAGCAGCAAUGGCGGUCCCGGCGGCGUUGGCUCCGGCGGCGUAGCGGGCGUCUCGGGAGGCUCGAUCAGCAUGGGCAGCGGCGCUGGCACCCCCAUGCAUUUGGGCGGCUCGACGGGCAACUUGAAGCAGGAAUGCGAGUCACUGAUGCAUCCGAGCCACGGCAGCGGCCUGGGCGGCAUGUCCGGCUAUGUGCCGCCCAUGUACAACCGUCCCAUGUCCUUCAACGAGCCGCUGCGCAAGCGUGCCUUGCGCAGCCCCUACGCCGAGCAAGAGCUGCGCGGCAGCGUGCUGCGAGAUGGUUCCAAGAACUCCUCGGAGUGCCCCAGUCCCAUCAACAAGCCGCCUUACCAUCGACCCUCAUCCAGCGCCUCCUCAACAGCGCCCACCGAGGCGGACACAAUGCACUCCGAACGUGCAUCGCCACAGUCCAGCCGCUAUGAGAACCACAGUCCGAGCACCACAGCAGGCAAUGGAAAUGCGCCGAGCAGCUUGGAUCGCAUUGUCAAAUCGGAGCGGAACAAUGGCAGCGCCAACGAGGCCAAUGAUGAUGAACGCGAGCUGAUGGACGAGUCAACAGAUAAUGGCGCCGAGGAUUUGCGUGUGAAGCUGGAGAACUCGAACUUUUCGCCGCCGCCACCGAACUCGAACACCUCGUCGACGACACCGAACACGCUGCUGGAGAACCUGAAGAAUGCGGACGGAUCGCUGUCUGGGAAUUUGGCCGCUUCGAUAGCGCCCGCCGACAUGUUGAACGUGUGGAAUGCAACGAAAAUGAAUAACAAGAACAGCGUCAAUACGGCCGACGGCAAGAAGCUGAAGUGUCUGUACUGCGACCGUCUCUACGGCUACGAGACGAACUUGCGCGCGCACAUCCGGCAGCGGCAUCAGGGCAUCCGAGUGCCCUGCCCGUUCUGCGAGCGUACCUUCACGCGCAACAACACGGUGCGGCGGCAUAUAGCGCGGGAGCACAAGCAGGAGAUUGGGCUGGCAGCGGGCGCCACAAUUGCGCCGGCCCAUGUGGCGGCAGCGGCGGCGGCAGCAGCGGCGGCCAAUCAUUCACCAUAGGAAGCAGCCGCAACGGCAGCGGCAGCAGUAGUCAUAAAUGCGAGCAAGGAGGCGGCGAAGCAGCGUAAACGUAAAUCACUCAAAAUGGCAUUGGAGAAGUGCAUGCAGAGGCGGGAUGCGAUGGCAACCGCGGGCGAAACAAGUGGCGGUGGCGGAGGAGGAGGAGGAGAAGGCAGUGGAGUCGUGGGUAGCAGCAUGGGCGGGGGCGUCGAUGAGAGCGAAGCGGCAGCAGCUAGCGGACUGCUCAGCUUUGUGCAGCGGCAGCAUCAGGUGCAUCAGGAGCUGGCCAUGCAAAUCAAGGCAGCUAUGGCUGCUGAGCAGGAGCAACAGCAACAGCAGCAGCAGCAGCAGCAACAGCAGCAGGAGCAGCAACAGCGAGCUGAGGCUGAGGCAGCGGCGGCAGCGGCUGAGGCUAUGGAUACCACAGCAAAUACGACAACAACAACAACAACAACGGGCACCGAUGCCAGCGAUGCCGAGGCCAGCGAGCUAAGCAAGUUCUCAGCCAUGGACAUCGAUGAGCAGACGGAAACUGAAAUCGAGCCCGAGUCCGAAUUGGUUGUUGUCGAGCCCAAGAUUGAGCCGCUGAGCGACAGCGAGGCUGAGGAGGAGGAGCUGGAGGGGCAUGAGCAGGAGCAGGAGUCUGAGCAGCAGCAGCAGCAGCAGCUGAGACUCUACAAUGCCACGCCACCCAGCCACGAGCAGCCACGCACGCCCACGCCCACUAGCCCGCCGCCCAUGAGCUCCACGCCCAAUGCAAGCGAGCAGUAAA